AUUCAAAUUUCAAAUCCUUCCUUAUCGUUCCCUUAAAUUCCAACAGUACCCAAAAUUCAAAAACUAAAGAAGGAAAACUGAAUGCCCAUGUUCAAUUCGUGACAAUUUCUCAAUCUCAGAGAUGGAUUUUGAUAAUAUGAAAAGGAAGGAACUACAAGCCCUAUGCAAGAAACAUGGAAUUCCUGCAAAUUUAACUAACUUGGAAAUGGCCAACAAACUUUCUUCAAUUAUUAAGGUAAAUGAUGAAAAGCCCUUAACUCAAGGGCGGUCAUGUUUAAAGGUUUUCGAUGAGGCUGUGAAUGAUAGAGAGUCUGAUGUUGUAAAUAGGACACUAAAGAAAGUGAAGUUUAGUCCCGAGAAUGAAAUUUUCGAGUUCACAAAAUUGGUUGAAGUGAAAAGUAGAGGGAGGAGGAAGUCAAUGUUGCACAAUAACAGCGUGAGUGUUAGGAGUGAUGGUGUAAAGAUAGGCAUUUUGGAUAGUCCAGUUAGGGUUACGAGGUCGCGGGGUAUGAAUUUGGAAGAUGGUGUUAGUGAGAAAAAGGGAAGGACAAGGCGUACAAAAGAUAACGUACUUUUAGUGAAUGAGAGUGAGGAUGAAGUUGGAAUGACCAAGAGACGAUCUUUGAGGAACAAAGAAGUAGUAUCAGCACAGGAAAGAAGGGAGGAAAAUGAGGGUGUGAAUGAAGGUUUAAGGACGAGUAGAAGAGUUAAAGGUGAGAUAAAUGCUAACAAGAGUGCAGAAGAAUUGGAUAAAAGGACGAGUGAAAAAGAAAUUGAUAGGGCAGAGAAGAGGGACAAGAAAGUCACGUUCGCUAGUGAUGAUCAGAUAAUGGAGUGCAUGAAAGCUGAAACGAAAGCCAAGGAGAUGAAAAGAGGAGGGAGAAGGAAAUCGAUUGCUCAUACUCAGACCUCGCAUGUCCAAAAUGAGGUAGAUGCUAAAGUAAGGGACGAGGUUUUGGAGAAGCCAGCAGAACGGAUAACAAGGUCUCAGAACUUGAAAUCAGUUGAGGAUUAUGUGAGUAACAAAAGGAACCAAACGAGGGGUAACGAAGUUACUGAGAGAAAUGUAAAACUGCUUUGUACAGAAUUUGUUGAAUCUUCAGUUGAAGCUGCCAACAAUGAAGUUAAAGUAACCACAAGAAGGUCUCAGCAGAAUAAAGUGGUGGAGGAGGCAUCCCAAACGGCUUUGAAGAGGUCAAAAAGGCAAGCUACUAAGACGGAGGGUGCAAGAUUCACAGUUGAAGCUGCCAAUGAUGAAGUUAAAGCAACCACAAGAAGGUCUCAGCAGAAUAGGGUGGUGGAGGAGGCACCUCAAAUGGCUUUGACGAGGUCAAAAAGGCUACAUAAUAAGGUGGAGGGUGCAAGGUUGACUGAUGAUAUUUCUAAAGAUAAGAUGGUUACUAGGGACAGGACUAGAAAUCAGUCUAACUUGGUUGUAGAAGCUUCGACAUCAGAAGUGGUUCCUCAACUUGAUGAACAGGUAGAAGUUCCUCUUAGAAGAAGCGAUAGGCGCAAAUCUGUUUUUCCUUUGGAGAAAUUGAGAAGUGAUGAGGCUGUGGCUGUAAAGGAGAAAAGAAACUUAAACGUUAAGGAUGACGAGAUGGAGAAUAAAGGUAAAAAAGACGAACCCCUGAGGGCAUUGAAGCGGUCAAAAAGGCUUGCUACACAAGUGGAAGACUCAGUAUUGGCGAAAGAUGAUAUUGCUGAAAAUAAAGUGGUUGAUAGAGGCAUGACAGCAAGAAACCAAUCUAACUUGAAAAGAAACGUUUCUUCAGUGGAGACUCGGUGUAAAACGGACAGGCCAACUGAUUCUCAAGGGACAGUUGAAGUGGGUAUCACACUUGAAGAACCGGGAGAAGCUCCUGUCAAAAGAAGUAAUCGACGCAAAUCUGUUGUUUCUUCUUUGGAGAAAUUAAGAACUGAUGAAGUUGCAGCUGCAAAGGACAAAAGAAAUUUAGAUGCUAAUGAUGACAACGUAAGGGUUAAAAGUACAAAAGAUGAACCCCAGAAGGCAUUGAAGAGAUCAAAAGGGCUUGCGCAACAAGUCGAAGAUUCUGUACCGGCUAAAGAUGAUAUUGCUGAAAAUAAAGUAGAAGAGAGGAGACGCUCUGGAAGGAGUGCUGCUAAAGCCCAUGUAGACACCAAGAUAUUGGACGGUUCAGUGCAAGAAGAAAUUGCAGUGGUAAAAGAAGAGAGGAGACGUUCUGAAAGGAGUGCUUCUAAAGCCUAUGUAGACACCAAGAUAUUGGACAGUUCAGUGCAAGAAGAAGUUGCAGUGGUAAAAGAAGAGAAGAGACGUUCUGAAAGGAGUGCAGCUAAAGACAGUCUAGUCACCAAGAUAUUGGACAGUUCAGUGCAAGAAGAAAUUGCUGUGGUAAAAGAAGAGAGGAGACGUUCUGAAAGGAGUGCUGCUAAAGCCAAUGUAGUCACCGAGACAUUGGAUAGUUCAGCGCAGAAAGAAAAACCCGUGGUAAAAGAAGAGAGGAGAUGUUCUGGAAGGACUGCUGCUAGUCUCACUCUUGUAACAGUUUCAGAUGAAAAGAAGGAAAGUGGUGAGAAUAAACUGACAAAGAGAAACUGCACCCCUGUUCCAGAAAAAAGAUCUACCAAGAACAAGUUCGCCCUGCUAGAUUUAGAUUCUCUGAAACAGUCCACAAGUAGAGCAAAAACAAAUGUGGAGGCAGCAGCAGUUGAUGAAAAGACUAUUACUGCUGGAAAGAAGCAGCAGGGUCAACAAAAAAGAUCAAAUUUGGAAGUAGAAGCUCCUACAUCUGAGGACAUGGAAAUAGUCAGAGAGUCAGACAGUAAAGAGUGUGAUAUCUCAGGGUCAGAAGGUGCUACGAGCUUCUUAAAAUCAGGAUUGAAUGAGCUUGAAGCUGUUAAAAAUGAUGUUAAUAUGGUUUUCGCUGGAAGCAAGGAUGAAGCAGUUGCUGACUCGAACACACUAGCUGAAAAUCUGAAGGAGAAAGGACCACUUGUAGAUGCAAAUGCUUCUCCGUCUGAAAAUAACUCCACAUUUAAAUGCCCUCCAUUCAGCGAUCCAUUCAGCUCCAAUGCUAGACCCGAUGAGAAAGUAGUUGAUGAACUUUUGCAGUCUGACCAUGAAGCGCCUCCAAGCAAAGGCCUAUGUCCUAGUUCUGUUUUGGCUGAUGAUGCAAUUCCAAAGGACAUAACUUCUGACAAGCAGGAGCAUGGUGCAAUUGCAGCAGAUGAUGCAGAAGAAUUUGAUACUGAAUUAUCUAAUGAAGUUAUUGAUAACUCUUCACUACACCAUAGUGAUAACAUGGAAGAGAACCUUGAGUCUGGCCUUAAAGAACAAUCAGAGACUGGAUGUAUUGUUGAUGAAGGAGUAACUUAUGGUGAACAGGAGCCUGCAAGCAAUUUGGCUGAUGAUGCAGUUCCAAAUGAUUCAACUCUUGACAAAAAGGAGCAUGGUGCAAUUGCAGCGGAUAAUGCAGAUGAAUUUGGCACAGGAUUAUCUAAUGAAGUUCUUGAUAACUAUUCACUAAACCAGAGUGAUAAUAUGGAGGACAACCUUGAGUCUGGUUUCAAAAAACAAUCAGAGACUGGAUUUAUUGUUACUGAAGGAAUAGCUUCUGGUGAACAGGAGCUAACUGUAACGAACUAUGCCAGAGAGUUUGAUGCGGGGUUGUCUAGUAAUGUCUCAUUGGCCAGUGUAGGUGCUUUCAAUCUGAGCAAUGAGAUGGAAGUUAAAAAUUCUGAAUCUGGUCCUCCCAUGGAAAAAGCAGAAACUGGAUUUAUUGCUAAAUGUGAUGGAGAUGCACCUACCUUCACAACUCAAGGUGAAUUACAUGCAGAAGGAUUUGCAAAGUUGGAGGAGGCUACUAAGGAAUUCUUGCCAAUAUCUCAACCUGAUAAUGAUGCAGCAGGCCUUUCUAGUGCCGUCACUUUUGAGAAAUCUUGUGAUCAUGGAAAGCAAUCAACGUUCAGGCCCAGGAACAGUCUUGAUUGUGGUAUCCAAACUUCUUCGGAGCUAGCUAAAUAUAAUGAAGGUGAGUACUUGGAUGAUCAGGAAAACGAACUGGAUGAGGGUGUGAGAUCCAUAGAGUUCGAGGCUACUGAAGGACAAGAAGAGAUUAUUGAUGAUGAGCAGCUCAGAAACAGCAAUGACAAUGAAGACGGGUACUUGGAAGAUCAGGAAAAUGGACCUGAUGAGGGUGCGAGAUCCAUAGAGUUCGAGGCUACUGAAGGACAAGAAGAGAUUAUUGAUGAUGAGCAGCUCAGAAACAGCAAUGACAAUGAAGACGGGUACUUGGAAGAUCAGGAAAAUGGACCUGAUGAGGGUGCGAGAUCCAUAGAGUUCGAGGCUACUGAAGGACAAGAAGAGAUUAUUGAUGAUGAGCAGCUCAGAAACAGCAAUGACAAUGAAGACGGGUACUUGGAAGAUCAGGAAAAUGGACCUGAUGAGGGUGCGAGAUCCAUAGAGUUCGAGGCUGCUGAAGGACAAGAAGACAUUAUAGAUGAUGAGCAGCUCAGAAACAGCAAUGAUCAUGAAGACGGGUGCUUGGAAGAUCAGUAUAAUGAACCUGAUCAAGGUAUGCAGCAGCUUGGACACAGCAAUGACAGUGGAGGCUCAGUUGAGGCGGUUGCUUCCGAGAAAACCGUCUCAAGUCCAAUAAAAGCAGUUCUAGAUUUUCAAGUUGCAGAAACUGCUGUUGUUGGUGAUGACAUCGCAUUAGAGGACAGUGAUGAAGAGAAGCAAGGUGAAGAACUUAAAGUUUUGUUUGCCACUCCUUGUGAUGUUUCACAUUCUAAAGAAGAAUCAAAAGCUUCUUUGGAAGGUGAUUCAAGGUUGAAAGAAAAUAAAGUUACUUUGGAUAAAAAGGUCAACAAUAGGGAAUUUGAUGAGAAUCUCAACAGAAGGGGGCAAGCUUCUUCCGUCAGUGGUAAUGAUAACUCAAGUCUUCAAAGUUCUGUCCAUUGUGAUGAACAUGGCCAAGGAGAAAUUUUGAAAAGUUUGUUUGCCACACCAUUUGGUGGUGGAAGCAACAAGGUAGAAAUAGCAACUUCUAUCGAGUUGAAUGAGACAAGCAGUCAAUACACGCACAGUGGCCAUGCAAAUGAGAACACUUUUCCCUCUGCAGGCAAUGGCUUGACACAAUCUGUAACUCCUUUAAAAGACACAUCUAAUGACGAAGAAGCCGGAGAAGAGCUAAAACGUUUGUGUGCUACGCCUUUAUUUGUUUCACGAUCCAUUGGAGGCGAAUCUUACCAUUUUCAAAGCCAAUUGAGUGGAGAAGCAAUGACCAUGGAAGAAGGACUCGGCUCCAGUGGAAAAAGAAAUCCAAGUGUACCUGUCGGUGGAUUGAUUGAGGACGAGCAAGAGAUGUCCAUUGUAACAGGGGAACACCUAAAGAAUCUAUCUGCCUCACCAAUCUCUGUGAAAAGCACUAAUGAAGAGACUACUUCUACCAAAGGAAAGUAUAGUCAGAGUCAUGAAAUGGAAACUUUUUGUAGCAGUGGAUUAGAAAGAAAUGUCGGUGAAUGUGAAGAUGGACUUGCUGGAGUCGACCAAGCUCGUGAAAUCUCACAUAUUGCUGCUUUCAACUAUGAUGAUGGAAGUGAACAAGAAGAUCAACUGAAAAUGCCGUUUGCUUCACUCAUCAAUACCCAGACUCUGAAUCAAAUGGAUGGAACAUCAAGAAAGACAGAAGAGCUUUCUACUCAAGGGCUCUCCCAUAACACAGGUUUAGCAGUUGCAAAUCCAAGUGCUGUGGAUCUGUCAGAGUCUGACAGCAUACAUUCUAAACAAUCGGAAGACAAUAUUACAGAGUCUGAGUGCAUUAAAGGAUCCAGUUCUCUUGAAGAAGAGAACAACGAAGGUCAGGGUAAUAUGCUGUCUGCAACAUCAGCUAAAAGCAUGACUCCAUUACGGAAAGAUGAGCUUUCAUCUCAAGAACCUAAGACAGCAGAUGUUGCAAUGUCGGGAGAAAUGGUUAGAGACCAAGGGAUGAAUACAAGACCUGAGAGCAGGUUUCAGGAAAUGGUUGACAUAGAGGAACACGGAACUGAUGAAAUAGUGGCUGACAGGGAUUUGUUGCUAAGAGAUACCUCUAAAGCUCUGGAAGAAGACGUUGAUGUUGAAAUUGCAAACCAAAGCACUUUUGCUGUUAUUUCAGAGCCUAUAUUCAACGAUGCUGAUUUUUCUGAAGAGCAAAUGCUGGAGAUUAAUAAGAGUAGUCCUGAGUCCAGCAAACCAUCUGAUGAUGUCUACAAUGAAGAGAAUACUGAAGAUCACUUGAAACUGCUGUUUGCUACACCAAUCAAAGGAACAAGUCCGUCCAGAUUGAGUGAAGCUUCUACUUGUCAACUGAAGACAGCAAUGAUUACAAUUGCUUCUGAAAUGGUUGGUAGGGAGCCUAAGUGCAAAGGGUUUGAAUUUUCUGGAGAGCCAGUAACUGUGGAGAUCAUUGAUGGAAGCUGUGAGAGUAGAAAAGGAUCUCGCUUACUCAAGGAGAAUGAAGAACAGGUCAAACGAGGGGCUUUGUUUGCUACACCAUCCAAAAGCGCAAGUCCGCUUCAAUUGGAGGAAAGUUUUGGUUGCCUAUUGGAUACAACAGAAUUAGCUCUCUCGACUAAAGGCAUUGAUAGCAAGGCUAGGAACAAAAGUCUAGGCUGUCCUUUAAGAACCAUGGAAGCAAAAGAAAGUUGUGAGCCUUCUAAAGACAGUGAAGCAUUGGAGCACAUUGAAAGUUCUCUUCAGGAGCCCGAAAUUGAGGAAGCAGUGGCUGGCAAGGAUUUGUUGCUAAUAGAUACCUCUGAAUAUCCGGAAGAGAAUAUUUAUGUUGAAAUUGCAAACAAAAACACUUCAGCUGUUAUUUCAGAGCCUGCAUGCGACGAUCUUGAAUUUUCUGAACAGCAAAUGGUGCUGGAGACCCAUAAGAGCAGUCCUGAGUCAAUCAAACAGUCUGACGCUGUCAAUGAAGAGAAUAGUGAAGAUCACUUGAAACUGCUGUUUGCCACACCAAACAAAGGAACAAGUCCUUCCGGUCCCGAGUCCUUCAAACCAUAUGAUGCCAUCAAUGAAGAGAAUAGUGAUGAUCACUUGAAACUGCUGUUUGCUACCCCAAUCAAAGGAACAAGUCCUUCCAAAUUGGAUGAACAUUUUACUUGUCAAUUGAAGACAGCAAUGAUUGCAACUGCCUCUGAAAUGGUUGGUAAGGAGCCUAGGCGCAAAGGGCCUGAAUUCUCCGGAGAGCCACUAACUGUAGAGAUUGUUACUGGAGGUUCUAGUAGCACUAAAGGAUCUUGCUUGUUCAAGGAGAAUGAAGAACAAUUUAAAGGAGGGCCUCUGAUUGCUACACCAUCAAAAGGUACAAGUCCACUGCAAUUGGAGGAAAGUCCUUGCUGUGAGGAAGAUAUCUUUAAGGAUAUGGAUGGUGGUAAGUUCCUUAGCUCUCAGGAACAAAGUUUUGCACAGUAUGAAGAUCGUCAACUUCUUAAUGAAAUGAUAGAUGACACUGGUGAAGCUACACUCAAUUGGUUUCAAACAAACGAUGGCAGUGUUCUCAGAGAGACAGAGCUGGAGACGCAAAAAGAAAAUGAUUCUGUCCCUCAGUUCGAGCUCUUGCAUGAGAAAGGCGAAGUCACAGAAGAAGAUGCUCUUGCUGAGGGCCAGGCACACGAUCGUCAAAUGACAUCUCAGGAAUCUCCAGAAGAUGAAGCAGCAAAAGGUGGUUCUGUUAGUGAUGCAGUUUGCCAACAACCAAACAUGCUUCUAAGUGACAUUGAAACUGAGAACAUACCUCAGGAGAGCUUAAGGAAGACUGAUGGCACUUCUAUUAGUGCUGAAAGUGGAAUUCUUGAUUUUGAUGCUGAAUCCACUACACUAAGAAGUCAGGAAAAGGUUAUCAUCACUUUAGAGGAGACUAGGGGAGAUGAAGAACAAAACCUAGAAGUGAGAAAUACCAGUAAUGCUUUCCAAUACAACACUCCGAAUAACGAUGAAGAUGCAAAUGAAAUCUCAAUAGUUUGGCCUGCUGAUAAGCAGUUCCACUUUCCAGAACAUAAUGUGAUAGAAAAUGUUGCAAGCACCAGGGAGUUAACUGCUUCAACAAAUGAAUGUCAAUAUGAUUUUAAGGAAGUUGAUCUUGCUGUUCAGAGGGAUAGACUUACCGUUUUUGAAUCAAAUGAGAGCACGUCUAUGAAUGCUAAGGAUUCAGUUCUCACCACACAAAUGGACCUGCCUGGAAUAUUAUGUGAAGAGGCUCUGAGUGAAAGUGAUCAGGGGAAGUCCUGCGAGGCUAAUCAACAGGACGAGUUUUCUUUUGAUAAAAAGGAGCAUGAAACAACAGAAUCUGUGGUAUCACCCUCUUAUAAAUCUCGUGCAAACAUUAGCUUUAUUGAGGAAGGCUUUGCUGGUGAAGAUACCUUGAUGUCUGAGAAAAAAAUUCCUUGGCUGAAAAGAAAGAACCAUUUACCCCAGCAGGUGUAGCUAAAACUUGUUUGGCCGAGCAGUUGAAUUCCACUGUUAAAAAGAAGAAUGUCAGAACCAUUCUGAUACAUGGAACCCCAAACAAACAAUCCCAGAAAGCUGACAUGAAAGAAAAUGAUCCAAAUGUGAAGGGAAAUAUUGGCACUUUAACAGCAUUAAGACCAGAAAAGAGGCGUGCUCUGCAAAUCCUACCAUGGAAAUAGAAGAAACAUUUCUGUAGUUGUUUUCAUUUUUUUCUUCUUUCAUUGGUCUUUUAGUUGAUGACUAAGCAUAUAUUUCAUGCCCUAUAUUACUGUUACAUGAGAUAAAAGCCAGCAACUUUCGUUUUAUGUUUUUGUAUUUGUUUGUGAGAACUAAACGAUUGUAAUUUUAUAAUGUCUGUUAUUUCA